AUGGCGGAAGAGUCUACGAUUGAUCAAACAAGUAUUAUUACUACUGACGAAUCUUCAGGUAUAGCGCCGAGCAACAAUUUUCUCGGUCUACUCCCGCCACCCUAUUCAAUGUCAAGUCUUAAAACUACAUUAGCUUUACUUCAAACAUCAUCUCUAUCCUCUACAUCAUCUUCUCUGUCCUCUUCAUCAUAUACAAAUAAUACUGCGCAGCAAACAUCAACGCAAAACAACAAUAAUUACAAUCCAUACUCUUCUUAUCGUGCUAAUUCAGCAACAUAUACUGAUUCAAAUCCUAUUGGAAAUUCUAUAUAUCCAAUGUCAUCAACAACAUAUCGUUCGUCAUCUUUUUCAAUACCAAAAGCACCUAUAUUUAGUCAAACACGUGAAAAAGAAAAAUUAGAAUUAUCAACUUUAAAUGAUAAAUUUGCUGAUUAUGUUGAAAAAGUUCGAUAUUUGGAAGCACAAAAUAAAAAAGUUCAAAUGGAAACAGGUAUUCUAAAUGAAAAACAACAAGUCGGUUGUCAACAAAUAAAAACAAUGUUUGAAAAAGAAGUCGUACAAUUAAAAGAAACCAUCGAAGCACUAUUUAAAGAUAAAAAUUCAAUGAAUUCCAGUGCUAAAGAUGCACAGAAUGGUAUUCUUCCAUUAAAGCAACGUCUGAAUCAAACAUUUAAAGAAUGUGAUUCAUCGAAAUAUGAAACUGAAAAGGUCGAACGACAAUUAUCGUCUAUUGAAGGUGAUAUUCUUAUGUAUAAACGUCGGCUUGCACAUCAAGACGAUGAACAUACACAAUGGAAACAAUUGAUAACUCAAAUUCAACGUCUUCUAUUACAAGCAAAAAAUGAAACUCAUAAUGAAACAAUAGCGCGUACAUCAACUGAGCAAGCAACAAAACAAUUACGUCUUGAUAUAAGUCAAUUACGUGAACAACAACAGCAAAAAUUGAAAGAUGUUAAACAAACAACUUUGUUAAAUCCAAGUUUAACAAAUGAUCGUUCGCAUAUAUUUAAAUCUGAACUAUCAAGUGCGAUUAAAAAAAUUCGAGAAGAUAAUGAAAAACAAAAUGAAUUACAACGUAAUACUUUCUAUGAGCAAUUUACUCAAGCAUACGAAGAUAUAGCUCGACAAUAUCCUGAUCUUGGACAUUUAUUUUUAAAUGAACGUGAACAAGAACGUGUAAAACAAGAAGAAGAUCGUGUACGUCAAGAUAUUCAACGUGUAAAAACUGAUAUUAAUUUAUUAAAACAGAAAAACGGUGAACUACGACUACGUACACGUGAAUUACAAAUAAAUCUUGAAAUGAGUUUAGAAGAAAAUUCACGUUUUGAACAGAUACAACAUAAUGAAAUUGAACAAUUAAAAUUAAAACAAGAAAAAAUUUCGAAAGACUACGAUGAUGUGAUAUCAAAACAAACGUCUUUAGAAAAAGAAAUCGAUACAUACAGAAAUCUAUUAGAAGGUACUAUGAAAACAGUUGUGGAUACAAUUACAGAUGAUUAUAAUUCAGCAACAACAAAUCAAACAAAAUUAAAUCAUCCUCAUCAACAACAACAACAACAGCAACAGCUAAAUUCAUUGCCAAAUAAUCGUCCAACACGUUCAACAAGUGUUGAUCGAAGUCCGUCAUCACCUUAUCUUUCUACAUUAAGAAAUCAUAAUAAUCAUACGAAUUCAUAUUCUCGUUUUAUGACAUAUAAAUAUAAUAAUGGUACUGAUACUGAAUCAAUAGAUUCUUCACCAGCUAUUGAUAUACCAACAACAAUUGAAAAUGGUUUAAUAACAAGUAAAAGUGUUGGUGAUUUAAGUGUAAAAAAUGGUAUCCAUCCUCUUGAAAUUAAUGAAGUAACAAAUGAUUCUUCGUCGCCCAAUAGUCGACCUACAACUAUUCUUCAAACACGACGAAGUUAA